GCCCCGAUCCCCCGGGCCAGCCCUGCUCUCCCCCUGGCGCGCAGAUGGCCACCGAGGGGCUGCACGAAGGGGAGACCCUGGCGUCGCUGAAGAGCGAGGCCGACAGCCUGAAGGGCAAGCUGGAGGAGGAGCGGGCCAAGCUGCACGACGUGGAGCUUCAUCAGGUGGCUGAGAGAGUGGAAGCUCUGGGCCAGUUCGUGAUGAAGACGAGAAGGACGCUCAAAGGCCACGGCAACAAAGUUCUGUGCAUGGACUGGUGCAAGGAUAAGAGGAGAAUUGUGAGCUCUUCCCAGGAUGGGAAGGUGAUUGUGUGGGACUCCUUCACGACUAACAAGGAACACGCAGUCACGAUGCCCUGCACCUGGGUGAUGGCCUGUGCAUAUGCCCCAUCUGGAUGUGCCAUUGCCUGUGGUGGCUUGGACAAUAAGUGUUCAGUGUAUCCCCUUACGUUUGACAAAAAUGAAAAUAUGGCUGCAAAAAAGAAGUCAGUCGCCAUGCACACCAACUACCUGUCGGCGUGUAGUUUCACAAACUCGGAUAUGCAGAUCCUGACGGCCAGUGGGGACGGGACCUGUGCUCUGUGGGAUGUGGAGAGCGGGCAGCUGCUGCAGAGUUUCCACGGACACGGGGCGGAUGUUCUGUGCCUGGACUUAGCACCUUCGGAGACUGGAAACACCUUUGUAUCAGGGGGGUGUGACAAGAAAGCCAUGGUUUGGGAUAUGCGGUCCGGGCAGUGCAUCCAGUCAUUCGAAACCCACGAGUCCGAUAUCAACAGUGUCAGAUACUACCCAAGCGGAGACGCCUUCGCUUCCGGCUCAGAUGACGCCACGUGUCGUCUUUACGAUCUGCGGGCCGACCGCGAAGUCGCCAUCUACUCCAAGGAGAGCAUCAUAUUUGGAGCGUCCAGUGUGGAUUUCUCCCUCAGUGGUCGUUUGCUCUUCUCCGGCUACAACGAUUACACUAUCAAUGUGUGGGAUGUUCUGAAAGGGGCCCGGGUUUCCAUCCUGUUUGGACACGAGAAUCGCGUGAGCACCUUACGCGUUUCACCCGAUGGGACGGCUUUCUGCUCGGGAUCCUGGGACCACACUCUCAGAAUCUGGGCAUAAUCUGCUAUGUCCCUGCUAGAUGCAAGUUAAUAGUGGAAUCUUGGACUACAUGGAAUAGCUGAAUCAGAAAAUGGGAUCUGACUUUAAAGAGGAUUUAAAAAGGUUUUAUUGUUUCAGCCUACUGAAAAAAACUUGGGAGCUGAAAGUUCAUUCACUUUCUUAGUAUGCUAUCAAAUGUUGUGAUGGAAAAUGCAACCCCUACGGAGACCAUAUUAUAAGCAUUUAAGUCACAGCAAACAUCACCCUCUAGGAAAAUGUUUUUAAUCUUAAUUUUAAGAUCACUUUUAUUAGAAGUGCUUUAGAUAAUUAUGAAAUCAGGGUUUUCUCUGAAGUCACCUAUCCAACAGAAUGCAUUCCUUACCAGGCAGUCUGCACUGUAUUGUUUGCAUGAGUCAAAUUCUUUCCUAAGGUGGAGUAAUCUGUCGGGGAUCAGUUUCACCCAAGGCAGCCUGACUUCUGGAAAGUUCCUCUCUCGACGAUGAAUUUUGAUGUAGCGUGUUAGAAGGCUGGUUUGGGGGGAAGUCCUGACCAAAAGCAAUUCCACACUGACCGUUCAGUAUCCAGUUAAAGAAAAAGGUCCAGCACUAAGGCAACUCGUUGCUAUUAAACCCUGUUUUCCCUGGCUUUUUGCAAUCACUGAAUGUAAAUAAGAGAGCAGCAGGUCACGGAAGCUGGGGAAUAGGCUGCUCUGUGGUGAGGUAAUAGCUCUACUUUGUGGGAAUUUUUUGUCCUUUGGCUUGGCAAGUCCAACUCCUUUCAUUUGAGGAAAUACUUCCUGUUGAGCACAGGUGUGUUUGUGGUGCAAAUUCCACAGCCCCACACAAAUAUUCAACAGCUUUCUCUGAAGAGAGUCAGGACAGAGGACUUCUGGGGAAGCUGGUAGGACGCUCAUGUUUGGGUGGAUAUUAUUGAGUGAACAAAAUGUUUUUUGCCCCGAUGAAUCAGCCAGUUGUAUUAAAAUAUUUAUUGAGCUGGAAGUGUGACAUUUUACUUGAAACACAUGAAUAUCGGAUAAGUGUUUCAUCAUCUAACUGAAGGAAAACUAACUAACAGGAAGGUAAAUACCUUAAAAAAUCAAUUGGGAAGCAAUCCUUUGCUUGAGGUUUGAGUGAUGACCUGGAAGAAGGGAAGAAAAUGCCUCAUUUGGUACUGCUGUUGAUUUAGUGUAGGCUAUGUGCUCCAGCAAAGUUUCCGUGAAAACAGGGAGAUUCUCCAGGCACGGAACUUUGUGAAAACAAGAUCGGCUGCCAAGAACAUUAAAAAAUUAGAGCUGGGGCUUCAGGGAGGACAGGUUUGUGCUGGUGGAGAGUCGCAUGGGGUCCGUGGCAGCCAGCUUGGAUGCCCCUCGGAAACAAUGCCCAGAGCAACGCCCUAGCUGAGUCCUGGAGCCUCUGCCAUUUCUCUGCCGCUUCCAGAGCUGUGCCUGUGCCCUGGUCGACUUGGGCUGGCACAGCCGGGGAGCUGGGAUCAAUCAAUCAAUCAAUCAAUCGUAUUUAUUGAGCGCUUACU